AUGACACGUGUUAGAUGGCGCUCUUUUCUUUACUUCUGAGCAGGGACUAUAGUAGUAUUACGCGCGCUUCACGGUAUGUUCGAAGCUCCUGAUCAGAGUGCAUCGCUAUACGUCGUGUUCCCUUUUAUUGUUUUCAAUUUUGAAUGACAAGCUUUGUGAUAGAAAAGUUCAUUACUUUUUCUCAAUUUUAAAACAUUUCUAUUUAAUCAUUUAUUUUCGAAAAAAAUACGAAAGUAUUUUCACGAUUGCGAAAAAGGGCGUCUUUAAAAAGAUACAAUUGAAGAAAAAUAGUUUUUUGAAAGGGACCAAAAAGUGAUUAAAAAGACUUCAAUUAUUGGAGGUCUUUGUGCAAAAAAUCAAGAGACUUUUGAGAAUUGUUGGUUCCUGAGAAUAUCAGAAAUUGAUUCAGUUUUACGAUGGCUCCAACAAUUUGCAUGCCAGACUUUUCGGCAAUCGAGAGAUCCCAGUCGUAUUCUCGUCGGCGAUAUAAAAAUCCAGACGGAAGUAUCAACAAACGACAGCGAGUGGAAUUGAAAAAAUUGCCCUGGAAGAGUUUUGAAAAUUCCGAAAUAUAUCUUCCACAUCCCUUGAGUCCAAUUGCAAAACCGAUUUGUCCGAUCGAUUCUUAUUUGCCCCUCAAUUUGAGCUCCUCCCAAAAAAUUUCAAUGAGAAUUCCAUCGAUGCAAAACGAACAGUGGAAAAUGGUCUUGAGACGAGAUGGUUUGCUCGACAUCUUCGCCCGGACAAUGGCUCUCGUAAAAAGUAAUAAUAUUCUGCAAAAAAGAGUCGAUGCCCUUCGCGAGGAAACCCAAAAUUUUAUUUCCUCAGUGAUGCGCAACCCGGAAAACAAGACUAGCAAAAUUGAAGAUCUUUCUUCGAAAGAAAACAAUCUCGUUUCAUCCUCAACGGAAAUCAUUUCCAGAUCGCCCUCGCCUUCGCCUUCACUACCGAAAUCGAAAAUCGAUUCUGAAUCGAACUUGGUAUCCUCAUCCUCUGAAGCUGAUGCCCGAGAAGACACCGACUGCUAAAUUCAUUUCUACAAAAAAAAAA